UUUCCCCUGAAAAUGAAUCAGUCUUUCCAUUUUUGUUGACAAAACUACAGGUCUGCUUAUCGGUGGAUAUUUAGAAUUGUCAGCCUCAGGUUUUUAAGACGUAUACUUGUGCUGCAUCCUGCAGAAAACUGGGAUUUAGAAAAAAAAAGUUAUAUAAUAACUAGCCUUAUGUGGUAUUUUUCCACUGAAUUUUUCAAUACGUUUGUAGAACGUAUUUGGGUAGGCUGUAGUUCGGUGAUAUCCAUGCAGCGUGUUCUUUUGUAUAGUCCACCUAUUCACCGCCACCUGCAAGGAAAGUGCGAAUAUAGCUUAAUUCUGAAGAUGAAAUUUUGUCUGUAAGUCUUACGGCUACUCGAGACACACUGUAAAUACGUGCAUUGCUUUAAUGCAGCAGUGUAGAAGUGAAGCGAAAGAGGACUUGGGGGAAAAAAAAUCUCAUCUCAGCAGGCUUCCUUUUCACCCCGACAAGAUCUCAGCGCGGCAGUGCAAGUCAAGUUCUGCUUUUCUGCUCGUCACGUCCCGGCCUCGGCGCUGAGGGAGUUCCCUGUGUGCGGAGCCCCGGGAGGUGGCUGGAGCGCAGCUCUCCUCAGCGCGCAGCCUGGUUUCACUAGUUCAGCCUCACUCUGGGACGCGAGGGGGGAUCCGAUGACGUCACGGGCCAAGCUCUCCUUUUUUUUUUCUAUUCUGGGAAGUGGUGCCAGGAAUAACCCUGUCUGUCUCCUGAUCACAGGCUCCUUCUGAGUUCACGCUCCUCAAAAACUUCGCGACGGCAGGAAUUCACUGACAGCUCUCCUUCCGCAGGUGUAACGAAGCCGAGCGUUAGCUAGACACCAGAUUUUAUUUUAAUUUGUCGUUGUUGUCGUCGGAGAUAAGUUGUCAUUAACUUAUUCCGUUUCUGUUACAAAUUCCUCUGACUUCCAACUCUCAUCGGAGUGUUCCGCAUCGAAGAGUUUAAGACGGAGCUGUCACCUAGUUAUCGUUUUCACGAAAGGGGCUGACAUUUCUCUAGCUGGAUGUAGGUGGACGUGUGUGGAUGCAUGACACUUCAGACGUGACACGGGCUUGUGAGAUGGAUGUGAACUGGGAUUAGAUUGGGACUGCCAAGAAGGGUGGACUGACAGCUGACUGAGUGGCCUGUGUCAUUCUGAAACUCUGGCACAGGGUUUCCCUGAGGGCUGCGACUGCUGGUCCAAGCCUAUUGAGACGCAAGGUGAUCGUGGGCCCAUUACACAUCUCUUCCACUCCCCAGGCCUUUCACAGUUGCUUAUCGGCUUGGUAUAGUAAAUAUUAAAGAACGAGAAGAAGACACCAAAGGAAGACAGUCGCCUUGCAUUGUCAUUUGAGAAGUAACAUGGUGAAUGUUAUGCAGUGAAUAAAGCUUUGCAUUCUCUCUUGGAGAGAUUGAAGAAAAGACCUAAUAGAAGGAAAGAUAUAGAGUCUGCAAUACAUAUGGCUGCCUUAUUUUAAAAACAGAAAUAUCAAUCAGUGUGACAGACUUAAUUCUCCAUAAUUAAAACAAAUAUAAAACGUCUGAAAGUAAGUGGUCUGAUGCCCAAAAAAGAACAUUUUGAAAAUACUAAAGAAAAUACUGAAGAAGAAAAUUCUCUUGGGGCAGUCCAAGGGAAUUAAAAGAAAAUGGGUGGAUUGAGCAUUUAAGAAACAAAUGUUUGGGCAUACAUUUGACAUGUCUACAAACUUUAGAGUGGUUUAACAAACAUAAAUUUCAGUACUCUGUAUAGACGAAAAAGAAGAAAAUGGAGCCGGUUGAGCCUACUGCUGGACAAAAACCUACCAAGGAGCCCCGAGAGAAGAACCCACUACAAAGAAAGUGGGUUUCAGAGCCCACAGCUGGCACUAAAAGAAGCACUUUUGCAGAUCCAGAUGGAAAAAGACACUCACAGCGUGAUGUGUUGCAUAGCAGUGGUGGCAGCAUCACUGUGUCAGCACAACAGUAUGGUCCUGGGAAUCUCCAGUUGUCAUCCACAGUUGGUCAGCCAUCUCAAGAGAAUCAGUACCCACAGGUAUUUCCUAGCACUUACUCUUACCAGCUACCCCAUUCUUUUCCACAGCAGUCUAUACCGGAAAGAUUCCUGCAGAGUGGUAAGCCACAGCCUGGUCUGGAAGCACAUGCCUGGCAGUUUGUAAACCCAUUGCAGUCUGUCACCUCCGAGGACUUGUUUUCUGUGCACUCCCGUGGUCACGGGGGAGUCUUUCCACGCAGGAAGUCUCCCAGUUUGCCUGCAUCUUAUGCCCGUUUUUCCCAAUCUGGGAUGGAACAGUCAGAGGAAGUGCACAAAAAAGAUCAGAAACCCAAGAAGCCUGGAAAGUAUAUUUGUCACUACUGUGGCAGGGCUUGCGCUAAACCCAGUGUGCUGAAGAAGCACAUUAGAUCUCACACUGGUGAACGACCUUACCCUUGUGUUCCUUGUGGCUUUUCUUUUAAAACAAAGAGUAACUUGUACAAACAUAGAAAAUCUCAUGCCCACGCUAUUAAAGCAGGGCUAGUCCCCUUUUCGGAACUGGCAGCUACUCGUCCAGAUAUGGAUCAGGCAUCUUCUGUUGGAGAAGCGGAGGUACAUUCAGAUGGUGAUCAAAGCACAGACACGGAUGAAGAGACAGCUUUAUGUGUUGAAGGCCCAGGUUUUUUGGAUAAAAGCAGUCCCAUCCCACAGAUAUCUUUUGAAGCCGAAAAGAGCACAACAGAGAAAUUUGGUGAACUUGCUUAUGCGGAUUCAGCUGAUGAACUUGCAGUGGCCCCCAUGAAAGUGCCUAUUCUGAUUGUCCCUAAACAAGGGAUUCAGCCAGUGGGGGAGGGACCUCAGUUUGCUGAAACAGAAACAUCUCCCCUCAGUGCCCAAGGUGGCAGGGUAGAUGAACCUCAUGCUGUCAAGCAGAAACUUGCACUGAGACUCACUGAGAAGAAAGGGCAGGAUUCUGAGCAGUCUUUAAACCUCUUGAGCCCACACAGUAAAGGCAGUACGGACUCUGGCUACUUUUCCCGCUCAGAAAGUGCAGAGCAGCAGAUCAGUCCACCAAAUACAAAUGCAAAAUCCUAUGAGGAAAUUAUGUUUGGGAAGUAUUACAGACUGAACCCUAGAACUUCCAUGACGGUGGGGAUGACAGCAGUAGUGUGCCAAGACACUAAUGUAAUGAACAUAAAAGACAAAUCUGAUCACAUAUCGCAGCUUCUCACAAAUAAUGAAACCUUGGUUAACCCAAUUAAACUGAAUGCCAAGAUGUUUCCUAGAGGAGACAGUUCAGAAUCACAAAUGGUAACAGGUUGUGACCUUAAACAGUAUCCCACAGGCACUUGCCAAGGCAGCACAGGUCACUUAGAAACUCCUUCAGAUACAGGAACAUUGAUAAGGAGCAACUCAAUGCCAACAUCCUCAGCAUCAAAUCUUAAUGUCCCACAGGGUAUAAGAGGAAGCCACUCCUUUGAUGAAAGAAUGACUUCUGAUGAUGUUUUUUAUCCAGGUUCAGGAGGGCUGUCUCAUCGAAGCAUGCUCAGGAGGCAAGGUGCUUUUGAACUACCACCAGCACAUGAAGGGCAUGUAGAACUUGACAGCUAUGGAAAUGUAUCCAAGAAUAUUGUCCCACCUUCAGGAUCAGUCAAGCUAGGUUCUUUGAUGUCAGAGCUGAAGGGUUCUGGAGGUGAACGAAACCUGUUUGAAUGUGAAUUAUGUGGUACGAGUUACAGAAGAUGGGAAGAUUGGGAAACGCAUAAAAAACUCGAAUGCCCAGAAAUGCGUGCAAAAUAUGGAAGAAUGGGAAUGGAGGCUUAUUCAGAUCUGUUGAGUCAGUCCCUGUUAAUGCAACAUAGACAGAGUACAGAAACUGCAACGAGGAAGCGUAGGAAGGAAAAGAGUGUGGGGGAUGAUGAAGACCUUCCUUCUCAAUAUAGCAGUGAUCAGGGUUCUAUGGAAAUGCUGGUGUCAGCUAGCGACUUUGACUCAAAACAAGCAAAUCAAGAAGCUUCAAGGGUGACACCUACAGGAAAAGCUCACAGUUACAGCCAGCAUAGCCAGUCUGACAGUUUUGAAACUGGUGGGGUUCUUUCCACCUCAACGAGCAUGUCCGCCGAGGAUGUAGUGCUUGUUCCAGAUGCUGAUAAGCUAACUGACACCAGCAGUAGAAAGGCUGUUGGCAAUGUAAUUUCUGUAAUCCAGCACACCAACUCGUUAAGUAGGCCUAGCUCUUUUGAAAAGUCUGAAUCUAUUGAAUAUCCAACUUAUCAACAGGAGAAACCCACAAGUCAACAUUCUGAACAAUCUGACUCAGAAAAUAUUGAAGAAGUGCAAAGCCCUGACUCUGCCAUGCGAGCUGAAAGCAUGGAUCAGCAGCAAAGUGAGGGAGAGCCAGCAACCUUGCCUACAAACCACCAGCAAUAUCACAUACCCCCUAGGCUGGUCCGCCAACCCAACAUUCAAGUGCCUGAAAUCAGAGUCACUGAGGAACCAGAUAAACCAGAAAAAGAGCCAGAGGUUCAGACUAAGGAGCCAGAGAAACACGUAGAGGAGUUCCAGUGGCCACAGAGAAGUGAAACCCUUUCCCAGCUACCAGCAGAAAAGCUGCCUCCAAAAAAGAAACGACUGCGUCUGGCUGAAAUGGAGCAUUCCUCUGGGGAAUCAAGCUUUGAAUCUACCUGCACCAGCCUUUCUAGGAGUCCCAGCCAAGAGAGUAAUCUUUCUCACAGUUCAAGCUUCUCAAUGUCGUUUGAUAGGGAUGAAACUAUUAAGGCUGUUUCCCCAACCAAGUUGGAUGACUUUGGGAAGCAGCCCGAGUUUUUAACUGUGCCAGGCAGUGGUAACUCACUUUCUAUUCCUAGUCAACACCAACAGAGGGAAAUGCGUCGGUCUUCUUCAGAGCAAGCACCCUGUGCAUUGCCUACAGAGGUCCCUGAGGUCCGAAGCAAAUCAUUUGAUUACGGAAGCCUUUCAUCUACAUCCCUGCAGGGUGAAUCCUAUGCAAGUGCCUCAGGUAUGAAAGAGCGCCGACGGGGUUACCUGGUACGACAGGCCUCCUUAAGCGUCUACCCUGAAAGUGGCAUACAAGAACAAUGCACAGAUCAUAGCAUUAAACAAGAGUAUUCAGAGCAUGUGCAAAGUGCUCAUCAUUCAUCGCAUACUACUUGGCACAGUUCUUCAUCACCUUUGCUCCAUGGUGUACCAACAGGUGACGUACCAAGAUCUAAGAGAGGCACGCAAGCAGUUCUUGGCUCACAUCAUCAUCCAUUGCAGCUAAGCAUCAGUGAAGACAGUCAACCAGAAAGCCAUGCACUUAUACAAAAAUCCUCUUACGUUCCAAGCCAACACCCUUCAGAAAGUGAGCGGCAAACGCAUGAUCUUCCAAGUAGGGAAAUUAUGCAGUACUCCUCCUUUCACAGCAGCUUGGCACAGGCCCCUUUCCUGCCAUUUCAACAAGGCAUGUUCUGGCAUCCUGAGUCUUCACAAAGGCAUAAACAUCACCUUGCUUUCCAGACGCACCAAAAGCUACAUAUCAGGCACCCUAAUCUGCAGUCUUUUCACCAAAAAACACAUCCUGCUCUGCAGCUGCAGCAGGUUCAAGACCAGGGUGAUGCAAAGGCAGUUGAGAGUCCAAGUAGUCAAAACUACCAGUAUCUUUCCAGAGCUUCCUCACAUCAUCCGGGCCAUCUCCCAGCAAAGAUCUACUCUACAAGCACAGUGCUUGUGCAGCAAGUUCAGCCAAUCUUUGCCACUCAGAAUGCAGGUACUCAGCCAUCACUCCCAGGUAUGUUAGUACCUGUUAGAAUACAGACUCAUGUGCCAUCUUAUGGUAGUGUUAUGUAUACUAGUGUUUCUCAGAUUCUGGUCACUCAUUCACAAAGUACUAGCUCUACAAUGGUAAUAUGUAAGGUCACAGAUAAUACUGCCCAGGGCUCCUUUACAAAUACUGGAACAAAGCAUGGAAUAGGAUUCAGUUUAUCACAAAUAUUAGGUAAUCCUGGUGGACUAUUAAGAUACCCACUCUGGAAGGUACCGCAGCCUCUGCCAGGGAGAUUGGAUACAGGGAUUCCCUUGUGCUUGACUACUGGAAGCAUCUCCACUACUGAUGCUUCAUCGAGUAUCGGAGGAAGCAAGCGCAUGCUGUCACCAGCAAGCAGUUUGGAACUCUUCAUGGAGACAAAGCAGCAAAAACGUGUCAAGGAGGAGAAGAUGUAUGGUCAGAUUGUGGAGGAACUUAGUGCAGUGGAACUCAGUAAUUCAAAUGUGACAAAAGGUAAUACCAAAUCACAAAAAACAGACCAUCUAAGACAUGAUGGCACAGGAGAGUACCCAGAAAGAAUGUCACCAUCGCUGUUAGAUUUUUCUUCUUCCAGAGCACCAUUGCUUAAGACUUCUUCACAUUCAAAAGAGGCCCCAUCUGUUGACAACUUCACUCCACCACGGCAGAUAGUGACAAAAACCCCAGAUGGCAGAGAAUCACCGGAGGAGCUGGACAUAGAUGAAGCUGUACCUGAUAUCAGCUUAAGUCCGCAGUCUGUACACUCCAUGAGUGACACUCAAGAAGAAAACAAAAUGGCAAUGAGUAGUAAUAUCCCAGUUAAUAUGCUGGUGCAACUGGCUGCCAAUCAGGGUGGGACUGCUGUUGGUAGUACCAUUCUUCUUACCGACGUGGCUGAUGUACAGCAGUUUUUUCAAUUCCCCAGUCUUCGCACUACAACAAGUGUUAGUUGGUGCUUCCUGAAUUACACCAAGCCUAACCAUACCCAGACAACUCCUCUCUCUUCUGUUUAUGCAUCUUGGUGCGUCAGUUCCUACAAUCCAAAUCCACCCAACUUGAACACAAAGACUACCCUUUCACUUCUUCGAUCCAAGCAAAGGAAGAAUACAGAAACCUACACAAUGGCUGCUAUGUAUCGCCCUGGAACGGGCAAACUUGUGUCCUCUGUCUCCUGGAAGCAGAACCUUGACCAGGUGAAACCAGAGCUUAUGCAGGUGGAAGCAAGCAAGUUUGAGAAAAAAAUUAAAGGAAGCAGCACAAGAGAGCGAGAGAAAGAAGAUCACCAUGGAGAGAAGGACGGGUCUGCAAAGCAAGCUGAACCAACCCGCAUCAAGAUCUUCGAAGGAGGGUACAAAUCCAAUGAAGACUAUGUUUACGUGAGGGGCCGGGGCCGAGGAAAGUAUAUCUGUGAGGAGUGUGGAAUCCGCUGCAAGAAGCCCAGCAUGCUGAAGAAACACAUCCGUACGCACACAGACGUGCGCCCAUAUGUCUGCAAAUUCUGCAAUUUUGCUUUUAAGACUAAAGGAAACCUGACAAAACACAUGAAGUCUAAAGCCCACAUGAAGAAAUGCUUGGAGCUCGGGGUGUCAGUGACAUCUGUGGACGAUGUGGAGGCAGAGGAAGCUGAUAAUGCUGAUGAUGUCCAGAGGGAGACUGAAAAGAUGGGAGUAUCAGGUGCCACUGCAGAACACCAGUUCUCUGAUGCAGAUGACUCGGAGGGAGUUGAGGAAGAGGGUGAUGAGAUUGAUGAGGAUGAUGAUGAAGACGAUGAAUAUGAAGGAGACUCAACACCAAAGACACGAUCUAGAAGCACAAGCCCACAGCCUUGUGGGAUCUCCUCUUUGUCGGUCACCGCUGCUGCAGCCUCCCAGAGCACUGCAUCUGACCUCUCGACUAAGCCUCCACUAGUCAGUUACUUCGUCACCUUACCCAGCAUCCAGAUCACACAGCUGAUGGUGCCCAGCGAGAAAGCAAGUGACCCUCAGAUGGCCGAAUACCAAAGGCUUUUGCAAGGGGCUCUGGGCGAAAGUUACAAGAACCGUCUGGAUGUGCCAUGUUCCAUGGACGAAGACUUCAUGCUGUCUCCAGAGUACAGCUCCUCUUCGACUGACUUCUCACCUUCCCGGCUGUCUUCCCCGGGCUGUGACUCUUCGCCUCACAGAGAGUCCUCACCCACGCCAAGGAGGUACCUGUCGCCCCGCCGAGACCUUUCACCCCGGGGACGCCUGUCGCCUCGGCGCGAGGCAUCACCUUUGAGGCACCUGUCUCCCAAGAGGGACGUGACCUUCAAGAGGGAUUUGUCUCCAAGGAGGGACCUGUCUCCCAGAAGGCAUCUCUCGCCCAUUUCCCUCGGGAGGCCCAUGUCUCCCGGGAAGGAUAUGUCCAGCAGACGAGAACUGUCCCCCAGGAGCCGGCAUCGGGGCAUGAUUAGAGCAGCAUCACCAAGGAGGGGCUUGCAUCACCACAAUGCCCCAUGGGCACUAGGACAGUACCUGCAGUCUGACAUACUCCCACUUGGGCAGAGGAGCAGGAGCCACUCGGACAUGGAGACGGGGGGGGGCAGCUCUCCCCCUAUGCGUCUCUGUGGGUCUCUCUGUGGGCGCUGGGUCUCGAGCGCCAGCGAGUUGUCUUUCCCCCUCUCAGAAAGCAGCAUCAGGGGAGCGGAGGACUCAUUCAAGCAGCAGGAGAAGCUGGUCUCUUCUCAGGUUCUGGCCGGGUCCCCUCGCAUGCCAAACUCUGCCUCACAGAGAGCAAAGGAAGAAACUGCAGAAGGCGCGGAAAAGGAGAGCGAGCAGGAGGAGAGCAUACAGACUUGCACGAAAGCUAUUGCUUCUCUCCGCAUCGCUUCAGAAGAUGUCGGCCCUCUCGAUAAGCCCACGAAGGCUAUGGAUCAUCGUCACGAUCAUCACCACCCAUUGGAAAGUGUGCAGUUUGGGAUCGAGCACUUUAGUGGCUCUGAAACAAGGCACGUGCCUGUGAGUGUUUCGGCCACCCCACCUGACUGUAGUGCUGAAAAGGACAACAGCACGUUAAAGACUGCAGCAGUCCAUUCUACUUUCUACAGCAAGAGUGCUGACGAGAGACUGCUAGGUCAGCAGAGCCUGCGGGAAUUGCCAUCAAGCACAAAGACGGGUAAAGAUUCUGCAAGAGAAGUCGUUGAAAACAGGUAAACGACUGGAAAGAAAUGCCAGUAGCAAAACAAAAUAACAAGUCUUUAAAGCAAACAACUUUGAACGUUUCUGUAGUUAAAAUAUAUAGCAUGCCUUUUAUAACUUGGUUUGCUAUUUUAAGGAUUUUUUUCAUAUGUAAAAAAAAAAUACAAAUAAAAAAUAAAGAUAAAUAAAUAUAAUGUUAACUUAUAUGAGCCUGACCAAAAUUGCUUAUGGACUUAUUUUUUGUCCAGUCUGGUACUUUUAAAUGUACAGAUGUUUGUGCCUUUUCUUUACUUUUUGCUUAUAUUCUUAUAAGCAUAUUAAGCAGGAAAUUUGUAAAUAUAUAGAGUUUGUGUAUCUGCUUUGUAAUAAAUGUAAUUUCCCUUCUUUUUUGGACACUUGAGUCUGAAUGAUGUGAAGUAUCAAUAUACGUAAGGUUGCACUAAAACAUAUUUUUAUAUGAGUGAAAUUUAAUUGCUUUUGUGUACAGCAGCAAUUCUAUACUAUUUAUUGUACUAUGUUUCAUAAAUUGUACAUUUUUCUUAAUGUUGUGGAUGCCUUUUCUAUGUGAAGCAUGGGUUUUGCUAUUGCUUAAUUAGAACAAACAAUAUGUAUACUGUAAACCUGCUAUUUAAAUUAAAAAUAUAUAUCUUACUCUGCACUUAUGCAUUAGAUUGACAUCUGCAUAUUGUAGUUUGUUCUUAAUGCUUGUAAUUUUUUAUCUCCUGUUUGCUGGAUUGGCUACAACUAAGUGCUAGUUGUGAUUAAAAAGUAGUACUGUUAAGCAUUAAGUGAAACAACAUAUGUGCACUUGUGCAUUUUUUUGUUUCAAAACUAGUUGAAAUAGUGAUAAUAUAUAUUAAAGGUAUUUGAUCUUAUGUGAAUCCUGUUGCUCUAAAUCUUACUUGAUUUAUUGAAUCAUAUGGGAAAACAUUCCAGACAAUGUAAAUAUGUACACAUCCCAUAUAUAUAGUAUAUAUAAUAGAUGUAUAUAAUAUAUAUGGGAAUCCCAUAUAUACAGUAUACACACAUACAUAUUCUUUAAUUUACUCUUUGAACGUUUUGUCACCAGGCCCUGCUAUUCACUUAAUUGUAUUACAGUAUCUUUAAAAUUAAGUAACAAAGCACAACUGAUUGUAAAGAAACAAAUAUAAAGAGGUAAGAAAACAAAAAAUGGUAACUUUGUGAUGUUUGGUGGAAAAUAUUCUGUACAACUAAGUUUGGAUAAUCAAUUACAGUGCAGUUAAAAAGGAUUGUUGGUUUUAAAUAAAAAUACAAUGAAUUGCA